AUGUCCGAUAAUCAGAAGAGCACCAAAACCCCCACGCAGAAGGAGAUCACCCGCCAGAAGCGCCAGUGGGCGGAAGCCGUCGCACAAGGGCGGACCUUCAAGCCCAAGAACGGAUGGUAUUUCAACACAGAGGACGAGCAGGGCGGGGGCGUCAAGACGCCGCGGAAGGUCUCGGUCUACAUGAUGGAUCGGCUUGGCGGCGCGCACUCUCGGUACCACCUGCCCCCGCAGGAGAAAGGCGACAAGGAGAAGAAAAAGUGCCUUCCUCAGGGCGUGAUCGUAGCCCAGUACCAGUUCAUUAAGGACAACGCCCCGCGCGGCAACUUCGAUUGCGAGCAGACGAUGUGGAUCGACUUCCAGCUGAACGACCCGCAGAGCCCAAUCCACCAUUGGAAGGAGGGGAAGAUCAAGGAGGUUCUCUCGCACAUCAAGGACCAGAGCAUACAGGCGAGCAAGGUCACGCACUUUCCCAUCUUCAUAUUCGACGCGGGGGAGGAGGGCAUCGAGCGCGCGAAGCGCCUCGUUCCGACUUUCAAGAGCCACUCUUGCCUCAUGGUCGGCGAGGCUGGCGAAGGGAAGACGCCGUACUUGGAGACCAUGGCGUUCGCGAUGGGUGACUAUUACGCGGACAAGCUGGGGAACCGCAGCGCGGCCUCGUACCGCACGGCGCCAGACCUGGACUUCUUCCGCGCAGAGGAAGGCACGAAGCACUGCCCCUGCGUGUUCGACGACGGCGAUUUAUUCGACCAGCGCCCGAAGACGUUGAAGGCUUUCCUGGACGUCGGCCAGUGGCAGGCCAUGACGAGGGAGAGGUGGGGGGCAGCGAAGUUCGUCCGUGGUCAAGCGCGCUUCGCCGCGGAGAACAAGUACGACGAGGCGGCCGUUCCUAGCUGGGACGCGUGGCGCGGCCUGGACGUCUUGCCGCUCAAGCAGGCGGUCCAGAAGAGGAACGAGUUCUUGUUCGACAUGCUGAAGCCGACUUUCCCAAAAGACAUGUCCAAGGCGAACGUCAUCGCGAUCGUGAAGCGGUCUUCCGUCGUCAUGAACACACCUGAUGACGUCUUCGAGCGCCUGGCGGGGUUGGGCUCGGACGUGACGAGAACCCCAAAGAACGGGCAUUUCAUUACCAAGCAGGCGGGCACCAUUCUCUACAACUACAUCGAGAACGGCAUCGAGCGGGCCCCCGAGGAGUACAACGUGCUGAGGGACAAGCAGCUCCGCUUCAUGAAGGGGUUGCUCGACAAGGGCGCCGUGCCCAUGCCCGUGCCGGUUAAGAGGGAGCUCGUCGACGGCAGCGAGGACGACGCAGACGCGGCGCUCCGCGAGCCUCUGCCAAGCCUGCCCCAUCGCAUCAAGUGGGCCAGGUCUUUCGGGAGCAUCCCAGGCGGCCAGAUUGACAUCACGACGCCGCCGCGCGCGGCCCGCGCGUCGUCAUCCGCGGACAUCGCCCCCGAGAGUGCCCACGACGCCAGCUGCCCCCUGGGCACUCAGGAUGUGGAUGCUGCUAUGGCCGACGCGGAUCUCGGGGACCAGAUGGGCCUUGGCGGGGGCAUGUCUGGCGAUGCUGACUGA